AAACAGAAGUGACUUCAUACAAGAUGUUUAAGAAAGUUGUGUCUUCUUUUCACACUGUGACUUACAAAGUGUUAUACAUGAGAAUAUAAUGAUAAAUUGCAGAAUUAAUCUAAUCUGAUGUUGCAGCAUAUCUUUGAACUAAAAGUAUCAGAAAAACUGCGUAUUAUGUGUCAUCUAUGGAUUAAAUGCCUGGCAACUUGGAUAUUACUGAAGAGAUUUAAUGGAGUUCAUGUUAUGCAGACCAAAGCUCCAAUGUAUCCUAACGAACCUUUCCUUGUGUUCUGGAAUGCACCUACUACCCAAUGUCAGCUGCGUUAUAAAGUGGAUUUAGAUCUCAAGACUUAUCACAUUGUACCAAAUGCCAAUGAGACUUUAAGUGGGUCUGCUGUGACAAUAUUUUAUCCUACCCAGUUGGGGGUCUAUCCCCAUAUUGAUGACCAUGGGCAUUUCCUCCAUGGGAUUAUACCGCAAAAUGAAAGCCUCACCAAACAUCUCAGAAAAACAAAAUUGGAUAUCGACCGAAUGAUCCCACUGAAGAAAUUUCAUGGACUUGGAGUCAUUGACUGGGAAAACUGGAGACCCCAGUGGGAUAGAAACUGGGGUAGUAAAAAUGUUUACAGAAACAGAUCUAUUCAAUUUGCUAGAGAGUUGCAUCCAGAGUUGUCUGAAGCUGCAAUCAAGAGAUUAGCUAAGCAAGAAUAUGAAAAAGCUGGGAAGAGUUUCAUGAGAGAGACACUUUUAGUAGCUGAAAAUAUGCGACCAGAUGGAUAUUGGGGCUACUAUCUAUAUCCAGAUUGCUAUAAUUAUGAUUAUAAGAAAAAACCUGACCAAUACACAGGCAAAUGUCCAAAUAUUGAAAUUUCACGGAAUGAUCAACUACUUUGGCUUUGGAGAGACAGUACUGCCCUUUUCCCUUCUAUAUAUCUUGAAAUCAUAUUGAAAUCAAGUGCCAAUGCUUUGAAAUUUGUGCACCAUCGCCUUAAGGAAUCAAUGCGCAUUGCUUCCAUGGCUAGGAAAGAUUAUGCCUUGCCUGUUUUUGUAUAUGCCAGGCCAUUUUAUGCAUAUACCUUUGAACCUUUAACAGAGGAAGACUUGGUGACUACAAUUGGUGAAACAGCGGCCAUGGGGGCAGCAGGAAUGGUCUUUUGGGGAAGCAUGCAAUAUGCCAGUACCAUUGAAACCUGUCAAAAAGUGAAAGAGUACAUGAAUGGUCCAUUCGGACAUUAUAUCAUUAAUGUGACUUCUGCAGCCAAGAUUUGUAGCCAUGUCCUUUGCAAGAAAAAGGGAAGAUGUGUUCGUAAACAUAAUGAUUCAAAUGCCUUUUUGCACUUGUUUCCUGAAAGUUUUAGGAUCAUGGUGCAUGCCAAUGCAACAGAGAGGAAAGUGACUGUGAAAGGAAAACUGGAGUUGGAGAAUUUGAGGUACUUAAGAAAUAAAUUUAAGUGUCAGUGUUACCAACACUGGAAAGGACUAUAUUGUGAAGAUCAUUCUAUAAAAGAAGGAAAUUAAAUAUAAGGAAAUUAAA